ACAUAUAUAUAUAUAAGGACAGAACUCAGGGCUGCCGAGCGUUUCUGCAUGAUGUGUUUACUGAACUCCGGACCCAAACACCCACUCGGCCCAACUCCGUCCACUACAAAACUUUUGCCAUUUUCAUACAUAACAAAGCAGUUUUUAUAUAAAACAAUGUCGAUACUAUUAAAUCAAUAAAUUGUAUAUAGAUCAGUUCUAGUGUUCAACAUUUUCUCUUAUAAAUUGCUUUGUGUUGCUGCCGAUGUCCAGAGCUCAGUGAACGCACCACGCAGAAACGCUCGGCAGCGCGGGGAUCUGUCAAUCAACCUGUUCGUUUGUUUGGGGGUUUUGGGGAAAUAAAAGGAUGAGGCUGCUGCAUGAGAUGGAAUUAAGACAUCUAAAGAGAGAUCCACUAAUAAAGGAAAAAUAGACUAAAACAACUUAGACAACUUCAGACAAAAAAACAACUUUUGGGGAGUGUUUUUUUUAAUUGUUUUUAUUGUUAACCACAAAAUAAAGAGAUUUAAAACAGGUAAAGUCUGUGCAGGAAGGAGAGAGAGGUUAUAACGAGAAAACUAACUUAAUUUUCUCCUUAUAACAAGAUAGUGGAUCUUGUUAUAACGAGAAAAUGAUCAAAAACAUUUAAUCAGGGCAGGCCAUGUUUGUCUUCUGUAGGUUUUUGUUUAAAAAUAAAGUUUUCAGAAAUCAAUUUCUGCAAAACCCUAAACAUGUAAACAUGGAGGAAAUGUUUGUCCCAUCAUCUCUAAUCAGACUUACAGGGUUCAUCCUUACACCAAUAAAACUGUCUGUUAUGGGCUCUGUGAUUGUUAACAAAUAUCAGUCAAAAAGAGUGAAAAAGUCCUCAUUUUAGUUGCUCUGCUAAGCGAGUAGUCCUCAGUAUGGAACGGGUUACAACAUAGGGCCUCAUAGACACCAACCUCACAGUGAGUAAAGACUCUUUAAUCAUUUAUGCACCAAUAUUCCCGCUUGCAUCUUUCUUGUAUGUGGAGGACUCCUCUUUUUGUAUUAUUUAUAGGAAAACAUCCAGUUCAUCACUGUAAGAAAAGUGUCUUUCAUGCGUCCCAGCACUGCUUUAACAUAGAAAACAGGAACUCCUGAAACUCAGAACCACAGAUGAGUUUUUCAUUCUCCAAGAUAACAGAUUACACGUCUGCUGGAGUCACAUUGAUCGCAUUAACACUUAAAAAUAACAGUAAAUCAAAGAACAUAAACACUGCAGUUCUGGUGUUAAAGGGUUGAAAAUUUAUAUAUUUAACUUUUUUUAAGAGAAAAUAUUUGAUGAUUGUCUGAGAAACUUUUCCCAUUCCCUUCAUGUCACAUUAUUCUGACGUGAAGCAACACAAGGACGGUAAACGCAGCAGAAGCAGCACGGUGGGCGGUGUGAUCUCUGCCGGUGGAUAAUCCCCGGAGCUGUCAGCGGUUGUAGUUUGUGAGUGGAGGGGAGGAGUGAGGAGUCUUUGUCUGAGGGCGUCCAGACCGGAGAAGACGGGCUGCUCAAGCUGCUGCUGGAUGGGUCCCUUUCUCUGUGAGAUGUGACCUUUUCCACCCAGAGUUCAUCCAUGAAGGCCUCAGGGAGCAGCAGCGUCUGCCAUGACUGAAGAUGGAUCCUGUUAAUGGAUGUGCAACUCGAUACAGUUCUCACAGCAGGAGACACCAUAUCACCAAACAUGACGGCUCAGGGAAGAUCUCGCGUGACUCAGACAAACUCAGUUGUAAGGAGCAAGAGUGCAUUCUGGGAGAUGCAGCAGUUCACAGAAAAUCCUCAUGGCUGAAGGAUUCGAGCAGCCAGACCUGUUCGGGGUCAGAGGACAACUGCGCGGACCAGCAUAAAACCCUGACAGAGACUCUGACUCUGGCUGACUCCCACUCUGUGGACGACUCGCUGGAGAACCACAGACUUCACGGGGUGGGGAUGAUGUACCUCAAGGAGUUUGUUUUAAUAGAUGACGACGAAGACGGGGACAUGUCGCUCAGGGAGAAAACUGUGACAGAUUUGUCAGCUACAGAUGGCAAAGCUGCAGAGUUGGUGUGUGGGAGGCUGCUGUCCACCUCCAGCGGCUCGCUGUCGGAGUGUAAAGACGAAUCCUCGGCUCGAGAAGCUCUACAACUUAAGGAGGAAGAACCUGUCCACCGAGACAAACACUGCUGUUUCUGCAUCCUCCUGUGACCCAGCAGGAGGAGCAUUUCUAGAACCUGAAUAACACCUGAGGUGCUGCUGAUUAAAAAAUCUUUAACAUGCUGUAACUUUUCAACCGUUAACAUAAUAUUUUUAGCAGAUUUUGGAGGAGAAAAGCUUUGAUGUUAAAGAGUUAAGUUUGUAGGUCCUCUAGAAGUUUCCCUCAAGAAAUUCUCUGAGCUCUUGUAAAGCUAAAUUUAAGAGUUUUUCUGUAUUCACUUUUGAUUAAAUAGUUGGACCUGAAAUAUGUUCUAACGUAAAUAUAUUUCAACAAAAGCUUCUGAGAUGUAUUACAGUGGAAUACACAGAUUUACUCAGCCAGAAAGGCCAAGUGGGCCCCAUUUGGGUUAAAGUGGGCAGAGAAUGUAGGUCCCGAAGUGGGAACUUGGUGGGUUAGCUAGCCAGCUGUCCGAUGGACAGCAGAGCUCGCUAAAGCGGAGCUAGCUACAACAGAGCUCGCUAGCUCACUACGACAGAACUUGCUAUAGCGGAACUCGCUAGCUCGAUACACUAGAGCUUGGUAGCUCACUACAGCAGAGCUUGCUAUCUCGAUGCAAUAGACCUCGCUAGCUCAAUACAGCAAAGCAAGCUACAGGGGUACUUGCUACUUCACUACAGCGGAGCUCACUACAGCAGAGCUUGCUAGCUCUAUAUAGCAGAGUUUGCUAGCUCGCUACAGCAGAGUUUGCUAGCUCGCUAC